CAUGGAGUCUGUAUUCAGUCACCCCCAUUCUUCAAAGUAUCAUGUUGAUUCUAUAAUGAAUCAGAAGAUUUCUAAUCAGAAGAAAUCUAACAAUGAAAUUAAGAUAAAAUAAGCAUAAAUCUCUCGGAAAUAAGAAACGAUCUGGUGCGAACUCAAGCCUCAGCUUAAUCAAAGAAGAUUAUAAUAAAUGAUUAAAUAAUUUAAGACACAUGAAUAAGGCAUGUAAAUAACAUAACAAUCGAGACAUCUAAAAAUAACCCAAUUCCUCAAAAAGGUCUUCCUAUCACUUGAACAAGAGGGAAUAAGAUAGGAGUUUUUAAUCGAAGAUCAGGCAAAUAUAAAUAAAGAUAAGAAAAUGUCUAGCUCUCCACUAAUCACAAGACGAGUUAGAAAAGAAGCUGAAAGUACUGGGAGGAAAUCAUCUCGGCCAAGUAAAAAUGGAACUACGAGCUCUAAGAGAGCUCUGAAGAACCAGAAAGGAAAAUUACAGAUUGUGAUCCAUGAAAUGGGACAUGAUAGUCAGAGUCCUACAUCAAGACAAGCUAGGAACGGGAGAGAGUACCCCUCUUCUUCUCGAGUUUAUGAUAACUUAAAAUCUAAGAAAAAUUUGAAAUCUUGCAAGUCUAUGCGAAGUAUCGAGCCUCAGUCUUAUUCAUGAAGGAAUAAGAAUGAAGAAUAUAAGACUUAUAAAAAUAAAAAUCAUAGAUCAGCUAGAGAUAAUAAGGCAACCUAUUCCAAUUAUCUUUCUUCUGAACCUUUAUCCAAUCUCCCUGUGUUUAACACACUUGUUGAGUCUCAUGGACCUAAGCGAUCGAUUGAUUCGAGUAGUGGCUUAUCUUGUAAGAACGAUCGCAACUCCUUGAGUAGUAACAGAGGUGGAAGUGUAAGAUGUAGUCAGAAAGCAAGUUCAAAGAACUCUAAAAUAUAUGUUUACGACAGUAAUCAAUAUACUUCAAAUAUGUACACGAAUGAGUACUCUAAUUCUGCACAAACAAGCCAGUUUACCUUUGGACCAGGACCUGACUCCAAGACUUCUGAUAUUGCUUACUCAGGUCAAACUUCUGCGAACAAGAGUAUUAACAAGGACAAUAUUUUGAGUAAAAUUAGUGAGACAUCUUUAAAGAAGAAAAUUAAGCAUAAGAGCAAAAGAUCUACUGCUUCAGACAAACACCACAGAAGUAGCUCCAGAGGUUCAAAAAAUAAAAGGGGGCCAAAGAGAAGAUCAUCUCGAAGCAAACACCCUGGGCUAAAUGGGUAUUUUGGUAAAAACUCAAUGAAAAGACCUACUUCAAAAUCACGUAAUGAGUUAUAUAAAUCUUCUUCAUCAAAUAAUUACCAGCUUCAGUCAAAAGCAAGUCUCAAAUUAGGAGACUUCUUGCAUUCUGGCAUGACUCCGAAUAACAGAUCUUUCUUGAAAAAUCAGGAUCUCCCUAGCAUGAGUCCAUUUUUGAGCAGAAUGACACAAAAAUCUAAAAACUCUCGAAAUGAAGCGCUUUUCAAAGUACAGACGAACCAAAAGAGUUGUGAGAAGUUUCUUAAUCUACUCCCAAGUUGAAAGGGACCUACAAAGAAAUCGAGGAACACAAUUUUGACACAGAUAAAGUCAACUGCUCAUGCUAAGACAAACUCGUACUUCAACAUCCCUGGUUGUGCAUAUGGCACUGAUGAUAAAAGUGGAAACUCAAGUUCUGAGAGGAGCUCUAGAUCUAGAGCAAGAAAGAAACACAAAAUAGAGAAGGCAAGAAGCUCUUUACUCAACAAGAAAUUACUUAAAAAUAAUAAGAGAAAAAGCAGCUUCGUGCCUGCCAAUAAUUGCUCUGGUGCUUCCACUCAGGGCAGCUCGAUUAAGGAUUUUAAAGGAACUAUUAAGAAAAAGUUUCAGCAAAAUUGAUAUUAUAAAUCCACUCAGAAUCCUUCUACAAAUCCUAAGAAGAAAGUAGAGGAUACUAGAAGCCAUCAUAUCAAAUAUGAAGCGAUUAGUCCAAAAAUAAUCCUUGUAGAUGAAAAUAAUCCUGAGGAGGAUUACAGGUUAGAUUUGCAUAACAAGUUAAGGCAUAAGAAUAAAAAUCUCCAUGAGUAUUUAGUGAGUCGUGACAACCCUCUUAAUAGUCCCUUAAAUCUUCCAGGAAGUAGUAACCUCGUUUCACAUGUGCUUGGAGUUCAUAAUACUAUUGAAACUGAGGAUCGGAACCAAAAUAGCUCCCAUUUAGACCUACUAAAUAUAAAUAGCCAAGAGGUAAGCAUGAUAGAGCAUAAUACUUCCCAUUUGAAGGAUGAGCCGCAGAAGGAGACACAAAAAGAUCUCCAAGGGCUUAUUACAAUCCUUGAGAAAUUUGAAUAA